UUAAAGAAUGUACCACCUUCUGGAAACUGUUGAGGACAAUGUAAGGAUGGUGAUGGUGGUGCCAGAUGUGUGGCUGCUGCCUGGCAAAAACCAAUGUUACUGGCCAAGCACACCAACUGCUGGAGAUGCAUGGGUGCGCAAUGCCAAGCAGCCAUGUGAGAGCUGGCAGAUUUUUACAUAUGAGAAAAUUCUGCACAGCAAUGUUUCCUAUGAAAAAAUAAAAUCACUCGAGAGAAAGGCUCUAGAUAAGAGUGAUGUUGAGAGCUCAGGAUCAGAGCCACAUCGGCAGUCACGGCCAACAAUUAGAUGGAGUCCCAAUGAUGAUUCUGAAUCAUCAGAAUCAUCACCUGCCAGGAAGAAGCAGUGCAGAGUCGGGGUGAGGCGGAGGUCAAGGUCACCUAUACCUUCCAUAAAAUAUUUGCCACAACUACCUGAAGCUUCCAAAGCUGUUCCAAAACCCCCUGUAUCAUAUGCACAGUUUUCAGCGUCCCCUAGUUUUUCUGGCUUCACCCAGCAAAGUACAGAUCAGCUGAUGCCAUUUUUUAAAAAGAUUAUGGAAAACAACGCAGAGCUGCUUGAAGAAAUCCGGCGCCUGCAUAGAAAAGUGGAUAGGCUUGAGGCUAAGUUAAAUGGUAUGGGGGAGGAUAUGCCAGAAACUAUCCAGAGCUUGCCAGAAGGGUACACCUUUCCUUUAGAGACAGUGGAGCAAAUGGUCAGCCUGGAUAGUUGUCUGAAUGACACUGCAGUACAGAAGAGGAUGAGUCUUUACCUCAGCAACUAUGGAGGUAAAAAUGCUCGACAUGGUCUGUUCAGGGUUUUAAAAGAAUUAAUAUGUCCUCAAUUGUCGACUCUUUACUCAUUUGAAGGCAAAAAAGGAAAACUGAAAUUCAAUGACCUCCGGAACCUCAAGAUGACAAUUUUUGAUUCUAUACUAAGAUCUUUUAAAAAUUCUACUAUAAAAGAACUGGAAAAGGGGACAAGUGAAUGGCUUGCCAUGUCUGGUGACCGUGCAGGGGGGAGAAAAAGAAGAGAGGGCCCCAACAAACAGCUACAUAAUCAUAAAGAGGCUGAGUGAUUAUUUUA